AUGGCUCUGCGGGCUGCACCUGUGGUGACCCUCCGGUGGACGCUGAUCCUUCUCUUGUGGAGCCGUUCCCUGGGAGCCAAGGCUAACCUACCGCCAGUCCCCAGGUUCGGAGAUGUCUAUCACGUUACAGGUGUUAUCAGGCUUCCCUAUGCUGAAAUCGAGGAGCCCUUUGAAGCCUGGUACAACCUGACCGGAGGCCAGAGCCGGAUCCAGUACUACCACGGCCAAGUCAUCACAUACCAGCUUGGCUCCCUGAAGCCAUUUGGCGCCAGUUUCAAGGUGACCCCAGAAACCACGGAAACCCAGGUGAACGUCCGGAAGUGCUUCCGGGUCAACGGCACAGCCGGGGAUCUCAUCAGCCCACAGAGCGUCUUCCCCACUCUGGACGGCUUCAAGCCCGUGCGGGAGGAGUCCUACAACGGGCAGCUCUGCGCCGUGUGGCAGAACGUGUCCUACUGGGGCCGGAAGAAGAACGUCUACACCUUGUGGGUGGCCAGCUCCGCCGGCGGCCCUGUGCCCGUCCACUACGAGAUGCGGGGCUUCAACAGCCUGCUGGGCUCCCACUACGACAAGUACGAAAUUGACUACAGCGGCUUUGCCCGCCGCUUCCCGGCCAGCGUCUUCAGGCUGCCACGUGGUCUAACGUGCGAGCAUUGGCCUGGAGCGGGGCCAGAGCACCGGAUCAUGGCCAAUCCGAUGCAGGAGUUUGUCGGGAGGAUGAGAGAGACAGACACGGUCCAUCACCGGCUGUUCCACCACUACAAGGAGAAGUUCAGGAAGACGUACCGCAGCGAGAAGGAGAGGGAGCACAGGAAACACACUUUCAUCCACAACAUGAGGUACGUCCACUCCAAGAAUCGGGCCAACCUGCCCUACAAGCUGGUGCUGAACCACCUGGCCGACCGCACCCCGGAGGAGAUGGCCGUGCUGCGGGGGCGGCUCAAGAGCGGGGCUCCCAACAACGGGCAGCCCUUCCCGUCCAAGGGGUACGAGAGCCUCGUCCUCCCGGAGAGCCUGGACUGGAGGCUGUCUGGCGCCGUGACCCCAGUGAAGGACCAGGCCGUGUGCGGCUCCUGCUGGAGCUUUGCUGUCACCGGGGCGAUGGAGGGCGCCCUGUUCCUCAAGACCGGCGUGCUGACCCCGCUGUCCCAGCAAGUCCUGGUCGACUGCUCCUGGGGCUUCGGGAACCACGCCUGUGAUGGCGGCGAGGUGCACUGUGGCAUUGCCAGCACCGAGUCCUACGGGCCGUACAUGGGCCAGUUCCCGCCCCGGCUUUACUGUCACUACAACCAGUCUGAGCUGAUCGCCAGUGUCGCCGGCUACAUCAACGUAGACCCCGGUAACGUCACAGCCCUGAAAGCGGCUCUCUACAAGCACGGCCCCAUGGCUGUGAACAUCGACGCCUCUCCCAAGUCCUUUGCAUUCUACGCCAAUGGCGUCUACUACGAGCCCUCCUGCGGAAACAAGAGCAACGAGCUGGAUCAUGCGGUGCUAGCCGUGGGCUACGGGGUCCUCCAAGGGGAGAGCUACUGGCUCAUCAAAAACUCCUGGUCCACCUACUGGGGGAACGACGGCUACAUCCUCAUGUCCAUGCGGGACAACAACUGCGGAGUGACCACGGCCGCCACAUACCCCGUCCUGGCCUGACCAUGGACACGCGUGCCGGGCCUGUUCCCCUAGCCUGGCCGAGAGACAAGCUAGCCCUGGAAAGAGACCCACUCAGCUGCCUUGGCAGAGCUCUCGCUACGCUCCAGUUAUGUGGAGACCUAAUAGCAGGUCACUUUAAUACCCACGUAUCUUCAGCACCACAACAGGGCUGGUAAAUCAAGACCCUGCUGACAUCUCUACCCCCCACACAUGCCUGCCAUGGUCACGGCGCUAACCGUGUAGAGCAGUGCGUGGGAGAUGGCAAGCCACGGACACUGGGGCACAGGGAGAGCCAAGCCGGGCCACUGAUGGAAGCCAUCACAGUGAGGGUCUCUGCCACGCUGUGCCACAGAAGGCAGCUGAAUCCUCCAAUGUACAACAAUAAACACCAGGAGAGAAGUUUGCCGUGUCUGUGCGUUUAAGGGGGGAGCUGGGGUAAGCAAGGUCUCGCCUUGCCUUGUCCUCACGGGGAUCAGAGCAGGGUACCUGUCUUGUAGGGCCAGUUGCAAGGCAGGGAAUGGAGCUCCCAUGGGGGAGAUGAGGGGGAAAGACCUGGCAGUUCAGGG